AUGAAACCAAGCCCACUUGAUAUGGGCUAUGCCCGACCUCUCGAAUUCACUUUGUCAGUCGUCGUGAGGUCCCAUCCUAGUCCACUCGACUUUCAAUUCGCCGCCGAUACUCUCCUCUCACAAUGGCCAAUACUGAAUUUGCGAAUGAACUCAUUGAAAACGAAAUUCCUGGACCCAAAAGAUCCCGGGGACCUGGCCGAGGUGUGGGAAGGGAGAACUAUCGAACAAGACCUCAGCGAGAUUCUCCAAGUUUCCUCCGAGCCAGACGCCCCGCAGCUGAUUGACUCCGAGGCGCUCGAAAAUGUGUUGAAUUUGGGGUAUCGAAUUUCGCACGCAUGGAAGCAGCGAGUCUUUUCCAUACGAACGGUAUUCUUGAACGAUGCCUGCGUAAUAGGGUUUAAGUUUCUGCAGCCCCUUUGCGAUGCGAGUGGCGCCCAUCGAAUAGUCCAGGCUUAUUGCACCCUUCUUAGAGGGGAGAGAAUUACCCAUACGCUCCGUGCCCGACAAUCCUUGUCACUGAAAUCAGAAGUACUCGAGAAAUGCGCCGAGAUGAUCGAGUCUCAUCAGAUCGCAGACCUGCACAAAUAUUCGACCCGUCGCACUUGGGCAGCCGGACUCGGGGCUCUUGCGAAGCAAAUCGGGCGGGAUAUAUUCUAUCCUUCUGCAAGACGGGUCGGCAAGAGCUUGUUGAUUCCCCAAGAGCAAAUUCAAAGCUGGUUAGAAGAGGCCGAAAGUAAAAAGGCCAAGGUAACCGAGCAUGAUCUCUUGUUAGCUUUCAUCUACAAGGCUUCUUUACAUCCACCAACUCCUCACAAUUUCGGCCUAGUUAUUGACAUCUCAAAACAACUCCAGUCCGAGACAAACCUCUCUAACCCCUGGUACAUGAUGCCACUGCCGGAUCCAAUGCCAACAAGCGAAUAUAGCUCCCCUUCAUUAGUCCGACUUGCAACAUACAUCCGGCGUGCAGUUGACGAGGCCAAACAGCCAGAAUGUAUUGGAGAGAUUGUUGUGCAACACAAGAGACUAAAGAAAAGUCCCAUGGUGCCAAGAUCAUAUGGCAGGCGAGCGGCUCAACCGCGCAUAGCGUCGUGGAAACAUCUGCCCCUUUAUGAUAUUGAUAUCCAAGGUGAAACUCCGCUAUUUGUACAGGGUAGUGUUGACUACUGCGGACUUUUGCGAGAGACUAAAACUCAUUUGGAUGAUUUGUUGGUGACGUGGAAAGCGCGAGGCCGGGAUGGGGAGGAUGGUGGUUAUUGGGUUCAUGGGAGACUACCUGAAGCUGUUUGGAGGCUCUCCCGCAGCGAAAAGACACUCGAUCCAACUUCAUCACAGAACACCCUCAAUCCCCAUUUCUACCUGCCAUUCGAUAAAGGCAUAUCCAGCAAUACAGCCCUAUUCCCCGAACUAGACCAGUGGGAACGGCACAUCCUCAAUCUUGUGAAAGACAUUGUCGCACCGUCCCCACUAGAUAAGUUCCUAAUCGGACCGAGCUUUCACGAGUCACACCACCGUUGUUUCGUGCAGAGCAUACUCCGACCCGCUCACUCGUCCAUGUUAAAAGACGCCACACUCGCUUGUGCCGCCGUGCUCCUCGGCGAACAAUAUGCCCAGUACAACAAGACGAGCGUCGAAAUCGGGCAUCGGCGAGCUGCACUAGCUGUGUCCGGAUUGCGGUCAUUACAGAUAUCCAAAGAGCAAGAUCUGAUUACUGCGGUCGUGCUCGGAAUAUCUAUGGUUACGUUCGCUAUGCAUGUAGCCGAUGGCCAGCCGUUCCUUAUCUCGCAUUAUACAUUGACUCUUGUCAAGCCCGUUUAUCAGACUCUGUUGGGCAUGGAUCCUAGUAUUAUGGAUUUCUUGAUGUGCCUGGUUAGUACGGAGACUUUUGAAUGUCUGCUGAGGUCCGAGAUGCCGACUAUCCGCGUCGGUGAACAUGAUCGCACCAAUGUUGUCGAUCGGUAUAUUGGGCUUAGCUCUUCGCUUUUCGCUCAUAUAUAUGAUGUCUGUGAGGCCAGUCAUUUGAUGAAGGUUAAUGGCGGGGGUGGGAGAAUGGAUAUGGAGAUGGUUGAACGAUUGGGCAAGAUAGAAGAUUCCCUGGAGCAAUGGCAUGCCUCGCCACCGCCAGAUAUUCUUAAAAGAUUUACUCAGUCUGAGGUUGCUGGAAUGUUAUCUCAGUCUGAAAUCCUCCGUCUUGCGGCUUUGCUUAUUGUGCAUCGGAUACGCCAUCCCUCUGGCCAAUGCGACGAGAAAGCACUGCAGUUGUCCAGAGCUAUUACAACGGAGAUAGAUAUGGUCCUGCAAUCCACAGGGCGUUCAAUACCAUGCACUUCACUUCCCUACAUGGUUGCAUGUUUUGAGAUCACGGGGACUGAAGCGCGAGCAGCAGCCGUUACCAAGAUCCCUGAAGUUGUGACUUUCUCCCGGCAAUCGCAGCUUCAGGUUGAACGCUCCUUGUCUUUAGUAUGGGAUGUUAGGGAUCGCGAGGACCAGAUCUACUGGUUCGAUCUAGGUAAAUAUAUACGCAAGACGUCUUCAACAUGA